CGUCCGUUACGUUGGUGACGUCACCGCGAGCGCGAGAAGACGAAGUGAGGAGCAGAAAGCGGUGUUCGUGUUAGUUCUGGCCCGUUUGGACCCAAACUAAAGUGUAUCAGUAUGAAGCAGGCGGUGACGGCGCAGUGGUUCACUGUCGGAGCUCGGUUCACUAAUGACCGAAUCACCGAGGAACCGACCAAAGAUAACUCACACCCGCACAGAGAAGAAGAACAAGAGAAGUCUGACGGAUAAGAUGCGCACGACUUUAACAUCAUGAAGGACCUUUCCACUCACACCAGACUGACCCCAGAACAGUGGGAGAACCGCCUCAACAGAUUCAUCAACAACAUGAGCAGGAAUGCCAGUGUUCAGACUACACUCAGCACAUGGGGUCUAAGCUUUGAGAACAAGCUGCUGAAUCUGACUGGAAGAGUUCUUCCUGCUGAGAGGAUCCUACAGGGAGCGAGAGCAGUAAGGGGGACCACAGAGAACACAACUGCACACGACACGUGUCGCACUCUUGCUGAGUGUAGUGUGUGUGCGCAGUACGAGUACAACCCAUGUGACGCGGAUUGGUCUAAAGAGAUGCGAGGGCUUCCUUUGAUGACCAGCAUGCCUCUGGAGACCUGGCUGCUGUCCCAUACGCGCCGUAACGCUGAAGUCGCUCACUCACUGCUGCAGACCCUCAACAAAGUGCCCGUGGGCAUCCACCUUCAGAGGCCGGGAAUGAUGGAGUACGAUGAUCGACAGGAGGCUCUGCUCAGAGCUCUGCAGCAGAGAGUGGGGCAACAGGUUCAGAUGGUGGUUGUGAUCCUGUCAGCCAACCGUAAGGAUAAAUACGAUUGUGUGAAGAAGUACCUGUGUGUGGACUGUCCCACUCCAAGCCAGUGUGUGGUGGCUCGCACCCUCAGCAGACCUCAGACCCUCAUGACCAUAGCCACAAAGAUCUCCUUGCAGAUGAACUGCAAGAUGGAAGGAGAGCCGUGGAGCGUCGAGAUCCCGUUGAAGCACCUGAUGAUGUUGGUAUCGACUGAUACCACGACAGUGCCGCAGGAAAGAGAUCCAUCGGUGCACUGGUGGCCAGCCUCAACCCGGGCAUGUCCAGCUGCGCUGAAGGCCUACUUCAAAUACAACGAAUGUUUGCCGUCACGCAUCGUGGUGUGGGCGACGGCGUGCUGCUGAGCGUAGUCGACUACAAAGUGCCUCAGUUCACGCAGUCCAUCAAGGCCAUGGGUGAAGAUUACGCGUCUUUCUGAUCGCAGCUUCAGGUUGCGUUCGGUGUAUUUUAAACGCUGAUGGCUUGAUUUGUCAGGUACAACUUCUUCCACGUGAGUCACAAAGUGCGCUUCGGCAGUGUGGCCCCCACUCACUACAACAUGGUGUACGACAGCAGUGUCCUCAAACCAGACCACAUGCAGAGACUCGCUUACAAACUCUGCCACAUGUAUUACAACUGGCAGGUAAAAGCCACACACACACACACGUGUUCAUACAAGCCCGCUUUCUACACAACCCCAGAUCAUGCUGAUUGAUGAUGUAAGGAUUGAGGAUGUGGUCAUUUUCUUUAAUCGCACGUCUAUCAUUAGAGAAUCCGCAUCGUGUGAUCAAAAACGGAGAACGCGCAUGAAUUUGUUACAGAAUUUGUCCAAGAUUUUAUUGGGAAUGUUUCGUACAGUGUUGACGAUCUAAAUAGCUUAAUUUAGCUUAAAACCAUGUAAUUGCAGGGUUAAAGAUACGAGCUAUACGAGAUCAAGCCUGCGAUCGGAGCGUCCGUAUACUCGAUGUUUACAAAACCGCAAGAACGGAAGCGAAAUGCUAUCAGUCAAACAAGUCAGAGUUAAUGUAUUGUUCUGAUGACUGAAGGAAAAUUUUACUUAACGGUUCUAUCUUAAGGGUGAGCUGAGGUUGUGUAUAAUUAGUUUAGUAGAGAGAGAGUGAGUAAUGUAGAAAAAGGAAAUAAAGAAUUAACAGGUGUUGUGAAUUGAGGAUGUGUAGAAAAAGUAUAUUUAAAGCAGAUGAAUGAAUGUAUUAGAAGCCGGGAAAGAUGAGGUUUCCUUCACGUGUUUCCUGGAGGAUGCAGUAGAGGUGUGUGUGUGUGUGUGUGUGUGUGUGUGUGUGUGUGUGUGUGUGUCUGUGUGUGUUUUCAUAUGGUUGUGUGUAGUUUUAGAAACAUCUGGCACUUGAAUUUUCAGUGUGCACAUGAUAGAUGUGCUAUAUAUUGUAAUUUAGAAACAGGUGGAUUACACGAAUAUUUUACACUAAAUAUGAAACUUAUUCACUUCGACUGAACAUUAAAUGAAUCUCAGAACUGAGACAGUAUUACACAGUCAGUAACAGAGGCCCCUGUGAGAAUCAGAACCUCAGGUUUAAUCAGUGUUGUGGAAUGUGAUAUGAUCAAAUCAACAAGUUAGUAUAUUUGACUUGUACUCAGCACUUUCCUUUAACUGGAGCUGAAACUUGUUGUUAAAGCGUUUUUGGCCUUUUGUCAACCCUACAGUUCUCUGUUCACGUUUUCCUACAAAAUGUCACCUCCUGUAAUAACACGAGCACUGCUUUUUAUUUAUUUAAAUAUUUUACAUAUAUGGAUUAUAUACUUUAUGUACGUUUACAAAAGGCUGGUGUAGAUUUAAAACGCUCUGAAAGUUUUCACCAAAGGAACAGAAAUUAUUAUAAAUUUUUUAAACCGGUUUAUGAUGCUCGUGAGUGUGGCUCUGUGACAUUUAACACCUUCAGCAAGACUUUAACGCGAACACGCUUUAAACCGGUAUUUCCCGUCGCAGCACGCGCACAGGUUUGUUUAAGAUUAGCACGCGCACACUCAUAAUAUCGUCACUACAGAGCCCAUGGAAAUUAAUGCUACUUUUGAAUGGUUUUACUCUUCACCUUAUAAAUCUGAAUUUCCUGCAGACGAUACUAAAGUGAAUGCAUUUCUUCAAGACCUUUGUAACCCUGUUAUUGAUUUGAAUACUGCCAUGCAACUGGACUCCCCACUCUCUCUUGAAGAAAUGUGAAAUUCAGUUAAAACUAUGCAGUGUAACAAAGCUCCUGGCCCGGACGGGUUCCAGUUGAAUUGUUUAAAGCAUCUAUUGGAAAAUUAGCUCCACUGCUUUUAUCUGUGUUCAACGAAUCCUUGGAAUGUGGGUCUUUGCCUCCAGCUCUGACACAAGCCACGAUAGCUCUCCUUCUUAAGGAGGGUAAGGAUCCGUCCUCCUGCGGUUCUUAUAGGCCGCUGUCUCUGCUUAAUGCAGAUGUAAAGGUGUUGGUGAAAGUAAUGGCAUCUCGUUUAGAGAACAUUAUCCCUUAUAUCUGAAGAGCAAACUUCUUUUAUAAAGGGACAUCAGUUGUUUUUCAAUACCCGUACGCUCUUUAAAUUAUUCAAAGCAUUCGGCUGAGAUUGGGAUUUCUUUAGAUGCUGAAAAAGCAUUUGACAGGGUUGAGUGAGUUUAAUCCACAUCAGAGAGGAAUGAUUUCUAGGAUUUAUGAUUUUAUUCUGGCGUUAGGUAGUGAGGCGAGUACCAAAAUUAACAAUGCGUGGGAAACGGAGUUAGGAGUACAGAUAAGUGAAGAGUGUUGGGAAUGUGCUAUAGGUAGGAUACAGUCUACCACUUCCUGUGCUCGUCUUGGACUCAUCCAGUUCAGUUUUACACAGAGUCCAUUUGUCCAAGUCGAGACUUUCUGUAAUAUAUCCAGAAGUAGAGGACAAGUGUGAUAAAUGCCAUGGCUCUCCCUGUCAUCUUGGCCAUAUGUUUUUCUUUUGCCCAGAUCGCUAUGGUUUUUGGACUGGUUUCUUUACUGUCAUGUCCACUAUUCUCAGAGUAGAUUUAAAUCCUUGCCCAUUCAUUGCUACAUUUGGGAUUCCUGAUGCCUCAGUUCUAUUACGCUGUGUACAAAAAGAUAUUAUCACUUUCACAUCCCUAAUAGCAAGACGUUCCUGCAACUGGUUCAUGUAAAUAACUCGUACAGUCAGGCAGGUGUUGGUUGUUUAAAGAAACCUUUUAACAAAAAACAAAAUAAAAAUCAGCUCCUCAAUCUUCCACCUCCUUCUGGAAACACAGACGAAAUAGAAAUCACACGC